AUGAGGAAUCGCACAGACGUUGUUCGUCCGUUCUUGUUUGCAGUUCGCCUGCUCCUGUGGAUCAGCGCAGUAAUCACUUUGGGUCUUACUGCAUGGGUUGUCCCUCAUCAGAAGGGCUACCGGGUUAUUUUCACGCUUGUAAUUGCUGUGCUCGCCAUGGUUUUCUACGUUCCCUCACUCUUCACCGCAUGCAUGCAUCGCAACCGUGGCUAUAUGCUUCCAUUAGACAUAAUCUUCUAUUCCCUAUGGCUAUCAGCAUUCAUAUUUGUUGCGCAGACUGAUGACCUGUCGAAUGGAGCCGGGUGUGCAUACUAUAUUUGGGACCUAAGUAAUGCCUGCAGGAGGAGGAAUGCCAUUGAAGCGUUCACUUUCCUGGCAUUUUUUUGGACUCUCUGUGGCCUGUGCUUGGAAAUCGCCAAUAUUUAUCUCGAUGUACCUGUGGUUAAUACCCAUCCUGAGAAGCCGCCUGUCAGUUCCAACAAUGGAGCUGCUACGGCCCCAAGCGCAGGCUCUGGGCCAGCAAUGAAUGGUCAGCACAAUGAAGUUUGA